ACCAUGAUCGAGGUGGUGUGCAACGACCGGCUGGGCAAGAAAGUCCGCGUGAAAUGCAACCCCAAAGACUCCAUAGGGGACCUGAAGAAACUGAUCGCCGCCCAGACAGGCACCCGCUGGAACAAGAUCGUCCUGAAGAAAUGGUACACGGUCUUCAAGGACCACGUGACCCUGGGCGACUAUGAAAUCCAUGAUGGCAUGAACCUGGAGCUUUAUUACCAAUAG